GGAAUUUAUUCCAACACCCUUUAUACCAGUGAAAUCAUAUCAUGGCACCAUCCUUCCUCAUCCUCCUACUGCUUCAAUCUCUCCAUGCCUGUACUUCUUCCCAAAGAGUGAAUCAAACUGACUCUCUUCUAAAAUGGAAAGCCAAUCUCCACUACAAAAGCCAAACCUCACUCUCUUCUUGGGUUGGGGACAAUCCUUGUAAUUGGAUUGGAAUCACUUGUGACAAGGCUGGAAGCAUCACCAAUCUAAACCUUUCAAGUUAUGGUUUAAAAGGUACGCUUCACAGUCUCAACUUUCUUGCCUUUCCUACUUUGAUGGAGCUCCAACUUUCUAAGAAUUCAUUGUAUGGGACAAUUCCCUCAAGUAUAGGCAGGCUGUCCCAACUAAGAGUUCUUUACUUGGAUUUCAAUGAUUUCUCAGGAAAUAUUCCAUCAGAGAUAGGAUUGUUAACGAGUCUCAAUUUGCUUUCUCUUUAUGGGAAUCAGUUAAAUGGAGCCAUUCCUAAAGAAAUAGGAAUCCUUGAGUCUCUCAAAAACGUUGAUUUAUCGAAUAACAAUCUCUCGGGUCAAAUACCUAUUUCUAUAGGAAAUUUAACAAAUUUGUGUAUCUUUAAUCUUUCCAUAAACGAGCUUUCUGGUUUAAUACCUCAAGAAGUAGGAAUGCUUGAGUCUCUUAACGAACUUGAUUUAUCAAGUAAUCAUCUUUUAGGACCAAUUCCUAGUUCUAUAGGAAAUUUGAAAAAUUUGUUUAUUCUUUAUCUUUUCAAAAACAACCUUUCUGGCUUAAUACCUCAAGAAGUAGGAAUGCUUAUGUCUCUCAAUAAACUUGAUUUAUCAAGGAACAAUCUUUUAGGACCAAUUCCUAUUUCUAUAGGAAAUUUAAAAAAUUUGUCUAUCCUUUAUCUUUGGAAAAACAAUCUUUCUGGCUCAAUACCUCAAGAAGUAGGAAUGCUUGGAUCUCUUGAUGAACUUGAUUUAUCACUUAACAAUCUUUUAGGACCAAUUCCUACUUCUAUAGGAAAUUUGAAAAAUUUGUUUGUGCUUCAUCUUUUCCUAAACAACCUUUCUGGCUCAAUACCUCAAGAAGUAGGAAUGCUUAGGUCUCUUAGUAAACUUGAUUUAUCAAGGAACAAUCUUGUAGGACCAAUUCCUACUUCUAUAAAAAAUUUGAAAAAUUUGUCUAUCCUUAAUCUUUGGGAAAACAAUCUUUCCGGCUCAAUACCUCAAGAAGUAGGAAUGCUUGGGUCUCUUAAUAAACUUGAUUUAUCAUUUAACAAUCUCUUAGGACCAAUUCCUACUUCUAUAGGAAAUUUGAAAAUUUUGUCUUUUCUUCAUCUUAUCCACAACAAGCUUUCUGGCUCAGUACCUCAAGAAGUAGGAAUGCUUGGGUCUCUUAGUUAUCUUGAUUUAUCAAGUUUGAUUCCUAUAGAAAUAAGUAAUCUCACUCUUUUGGAAACUUUACAAUUAAGUUAUAACAAUUUCAGUGGGCAUAUACCAGAGAAAUUGUGCCUUGGGGGACUUCUCCAAAACUUUACAACAAUAAACAACCAUUUGACAGGUCCAAUUCCAAGUAUGAGAAAUUGCACUAGCUUAUUUAGACUUCGACUUGAUGGAAACCUACUUACAGGUAACAUUAGUGAACAAUUUGGAGUUUACCCCAACUUGAAUUUCAUUGAUUUAAGCCAUAACAAUCUGUAUGGUGAACUUUCUCCUAAGUGGGGGCAAUGCCAUAAUUUAACAAGCUUCCAGAUCUCUCACAACAACAUAACUGGAAGGAUACCUGUUGAGCUAGCGCAGGCUACUCGGUUACAACGACUUGAUCUUUCUUCAAAUCGUUUUAGUGGUGAGAUUCCACAAGAGUUGGGAAGGCUAACAUCUUUGAGCAUUCUCAUACUGAAUGAUAACCAACUUUCUGGAAAUAUUCCAUCCAAUAUUAGAAGCCUGUCAUCUUUGGAACAACUUAACUUGGCAGAAAAUGAUAUUAGUGGACCAAUUCCUACAACAAUUGGGGAGUGCUUGAAGUUACGGGACUUGAACUUGAGCGAUAAUAAGAUUGGGGAAAAUAUUCCGUUUGAAAUAAGCACAAUAAAAAAUAUCAGAAAACUUGAUUUGAGCCAGAACCUGCUCACAGGAAAGAUUCCCUCCGAUCUUGGGGAACUACAAUAUUUAGAAGUUUUGAAUCUUUCUCACAAUAAUCUCUUUGGUCGAAUUCCAGAUACUUUUGACAAUUUGCAGAGCUUAACAAAUGUUGACAUAUCCUACAAUCAUGAGAUUCAUUCUUUAACAAAUAUACGACAUCGCAACAUUGUCAAGUUGUAUGGUUUUUGCUCGAGUGCAGAACAUUCUUUUCUAGUUUGCGAGUUUAUAGAAAGGGGAAGUUUGAGGAAGAUUCUUACCAAUGAAGAAGAAGCAAUGGAUCUAAACUGGAUCAAGAGGCUAAACGUGAUUAAAGGGCUAUCCAAUGCAUUGUGUUACAUGCACCAUGAAUGCUCAACCCCUAUAAUUCACCGGGAUAUUAGUAGCAACAAUGUUUUAUUGGAUUUAGAGUAUGAGGCUCAUGUCUCUGACUUUGGCACCGCUCGGAUUUUGAAGCCUGACUCCUCCGUCCGGUCCUUAGUUGCUGGUACCCUUGGCUACAUUGCUCCAGAGCUGGCUUACACAAUGGAAGUGAAUGAAAAAUGUGAUGUUUAUAGCUUUGGUGUUGUCACAAUGGAAGUACUCAUGGGAAGACAUCCAAGUGAUUUGAUAUCUGCUUUAUUAUCGCAAUUGGCACCAUUACCGUCUUCAACACCACCAAACUGGCGGCAAAUGUUGAUCAAAGAUUUAAUAGACCAAAGACUAUUAGUUCCAACAGGUGAGGCAACUGUGCAUGUGGCCUCCACUGUGAGGCUAGCACUUGUAUGCUUGCAAGCCAAUCCUCAAUAUCGACCAACCAUGCGACAAGUUUCUCAGGCCCUUACUAGUGAGUGGCCUCCAUUGCCAAAGCCCUUCUCCAUGGUAACAUUGGAAGACUUGGUGGGGCAAGAUUUGUGGGGCUGAGGUGUUUUGUGUGAAAAAGCUAGGUUUUUCCAUUUGCGUUUCUAGUUCGAUGAACUAUGUCUCUUGCUUGUGAUUAUUUUCUUAAUCGUUUGUACUUUUUCUUUUUCCGUUUUUUUCUUUGGCUGAAACUUAAUCCCUUGUACUUGUUCUUCUUCAUCCCUGGGGAGCGCAUUCUAUA